AGCCAGUGACCGGCCUUGAGCAGUGACACGUCCCCCAACAGCUUGUGGGGGAGGAGGGACAACGAAGGAGUGGAGGGGAGAAAAAAAAAAAAGCCCCACCAAGAAUUUUAUAAAAGUUAGUGAUUAGAAGGACUGGGUCUCUUUGCCUGCAAACACCUCACCAGAAGCUUGUAGCAGCAGAGACACUGCCCACAAACAAAUAAGUCAAGAUGACCCACCAGUUCCCAGCGCUGUCUCCAGAGCAAAAAAAAGCUCUUGCAGACAUUGCUCAGCGAAUUGUGGCUUCAGGAAAGGGGAUCCUAGCUGCAGAUGAAUCAGUGGGCACCAUGGGGAACAGGCUGCAGCGGAUCAAUGUGGAGAACACAGAGGAGAACCGCCGAGCUUUUAGAGAGGUCCUCUUCUCUUCAGACACUUCCAUCAACCAGAGCAUUGGGGGAGUGAUCCUUUUCCAUGAGACCCUCUAUCAGAAAGACAGCAGUGGGAAGCCAUUCCCAGCACUUAUCAAGGAAAAAGGCAUUGUGGUGGGAAUUAAGCUAGAUAAAGGCACAGCACCUCUAGCAGGAACAAAUGGAGAAACCACCAUCCAAGGGCUGGACGGGCUGGCUGAGCGCUGUGCCCAGUACAAGAAAGAUGGUGCUGACUUUGCCAAGUGGCGUGCAGUGCUGAAGAUCACCAGCACAACACCCUCUCAACUCGCCAUCCAGGAGAAUGCCAACACCUUGGCACGCUAUGCCAGCAUCUGCCAGCAGCAUGGCUUGGUACCCAUCGUGGAGCCAGAAAUCCUGCCUGAUGGAGACCAUGAUCUCCAGCGCUGUCAGUAUGUCACAGAGAAGGUUCUGGCUGCUGUCUACAAGGCUUUGAAUGAUCAUCACGUGUACCUGGAGGGGACACUGCUGAAACCCAACAUGGUGACGGCUGGGCAUUCCUGCUCCAAGAAGUACACCCCUCAGGAUGUAGCCAUAGCAACUGUCACUACUCUCCUUCGCACUGUUCCUGCUGCUGUUCCUGGAAUCUGCUUCCUGUCUGGAGGUCAGAGUGAAGAGGAGGCUUCUCUCAACCUGAAUGCCAUGAAUCAGUGCCCUCUGCCUAAGCCUUGGAAACUGACCUUUUCCUACGGGAGAGCCCUGCAAGCCUCUGCCCUGGCUGCAUGGUUGGGCAAAAACGAGAACAAGAAGGCUGCUCAAGAGGCCUUCCGCAAGCGGGCACAGAUUAACAGUUUGGCUUGCAGGGGGCAGUAUGUCCAGUCUGGGAAGAACGACGCAGCUGCCAUGCAGUCACUGUUCACUGCCAGCUACACCUACUGAAACAGCAGGAACCUUCCUUCCUCCUGUCCCUUCUCACACAGUGGAAGAUGUUCAGAAAUGAAAGAAAAACAUAGAAAUCUAAUUUCCCUUACCCUACACCAAACUGGAGAUAGAAUGGCUUAGCUUCCUCUCCACCCUUCACUCCCACAAUUUACCAAGGGGAUAUUCUUUUUUCAUUUGCACAUUCUAAGGAAAGGGAAUUUUUUCCAAACAACAAACAACAGCUGCCAAUGAAUCAUGAACCCACCCUCCCCUCAGUCUGAAACUCAGCCCCUGGAACAGCAGGCAGAUUCAGUAGUUCUCUAGCAAUUCAAAUACCUACCCUUGCCCAUUACCACAUUUAGCAGCCACAAUCCUGAAUUACAAAACCUGACUGUCUAUUCAAUCAUGUCAAUAAAACAGUAAUUGAAAACUAAUCUCUACCUGACAAUUCUUUUUGCUUUGUGUAAACUUUAUAAUAUCUUUAACACAUC